CGCGCCACGUGACCGGCCGGGGGUCACGGCCGCCAGGAGCGGCCUCGUCCCGUCCGUCCCGUCCCGGGCGCUCCGACCCCGCGGCGGCAAUGAGGGCGCUGCGCUGGGCGGCCCUGGCUGUGCGAGCGGCGGGCGGGAGGUGGGCGCCGCCCGUCCCCUGCCGCGGUCGCAGCGGCCCCGGUCCGCCCCCGCCGCGGGAGUGGGCGCUGUCGGUGAGCCCGCGGGGGCGGCUGCGGGUGCGGCUGCCGUGCCAGGUGAGCGUCCGCCCCUUGGACCCGCAGCGCUGCCCGGGCGCGGACCGGGUGCUGGUGGCCGUGAGCGGCGGCAGCCCCGGGCGCGGCGGGCGGGAGCGGCAGCCGGUGCGGGUGGAACAUGACGAGGCGCUGGGACAGGUGGCGAUCGUGGCGGACGGCCUGGACAGCAAGACCGCCGUGGACGUCCGGACGCCGGUGAAGUUCGAUUUGGAUAUCAAAACAUCAGGGACUGGCUGCGUGAAGAUUCAGAAAAUAGAAUGUGAUAGCUGCAAAAUAGAAACAGAGAAGGGGACUAGUGUCUUACAGUCAAUAAAGAGCCAUAAAAUUGAUAUACGGACAAACGGUGGCAAAGUAAUCGGUCUUGGAACACUUUAUGGAAAUACAGAUAUUUGUGCAACAGAAAAGGGGAGUGUAAAUAUAGAAAAGCUGCAGGGGACAACCAUCAAUAUAUCUACUGAAGAUGGGCUGCUGAAAACAAAGUAUCUCUAUGCAGAAUCAGCAUCUCUCUCUUCAGAAUCUGGUGAUAUUAUGCUGGGAAGUGUUCAUGGUAAUACCAACCUUCAGACCAAAACAGGGAGUAUCACAGUAGAUUCAUCAGAUGGAAGUCUAAAAGCUUCUACGUAUCAUGGGACAAUCGAUGUUUAUGUCAGUCAAUUAAGAAAAGUGGAUCUGAAAUCCCAGAAAGGUUCAAUUACCGUCAAGGUACCUGCGUCUCUCAAAGCUUAUUUAGAGCUGUCUGGAAGAAAAGUGGAUGUGAGCUCGGAGAUCCAGUUAAAAGAAACACAGAGUGCCUCCAAAGACGAUCAUGUAACUCUAAGUGGUCACAUGAAUCAAAGGGAUGAAACAGACAAAUGGAUUAAGGCUGACACACAAAAUGGCAGAGUGUGUCUUAAAAGCCAAAGCUGGAUCCAAUCUGUCAAGCUGAAGAGUUCUUGAAGGUGAAAUAGGCCAAAGAGAUUAAAUCAAGAAACUACAAAGGAACAUUUUUGUAAAAUUAUGAAACUUUUUGGAUGAAUAUUCUUAAUAUAAAAGAGAAGCUAUUAAAAAUGAGAACAUUUUAACCCAAGAUUUGCCUGUGACAGUGCUGGUGCUAAACAGUCUGGUUUACUUUUAGUGCCUUUUAGGAAUUAGAUGAUCUUACAUAAUCAGAAUUUAUAUAACUUGACCCACUUACCAUAUCAGUUUAAAAGCUGGUAGCUUUCAAACAGAAGUUUGAAAUUGUCAUUUAAAAAUAAAAAAGACAUUUUCAACACUUCCAAGAUGA